CAACGCCGGAGAACAAACCCAGGAGGACGGGUUCGCGGGCUAGGGCCGACUCUGGGGACUUUGGCAUCAGGGGUAUACAGCGAUGACGAAUUCUUUGAUACACACAGCCAUCUGAGCGGGUCUAUUGCCAGCAGCGACAGCGUGCGUACAUCGCUCUCUGUGUCGAAGGGAUCGAGCGAGCUGUCGUCUACGCAUCGGCAGCGCAGUCUGACCAGCUCGUUUGCCCCGCCAGCCGAGGAGGUGAAAACGACACCAGCGGCAGAUGCAGAGAAAGGAGCAGGCAGGCGGCAAGCGGCAUCGGGCAGUGCACCGCCGGCGCAUUCAUCGCUGCGGCGCUCAGCGACAACGCGCCACGGGGCAGCUAUUGGCAAGGCAGCGAGCCCAACGAGCAUUGACACAGCGCUGAUUGAGGAGCGAGCGCGGCGCGCAGUCAAGGCCAUGGCGGUGGCAGCCACAACGGGGAUUUCGAUCCGGGAGUCGGACGAGCGCAGGGAGCGCGCAUUCAACCACUUGCUGGUGGGCCGGGGGCUACAGGUGGCGGGUGCGGCGUCCGAGCCCAAUUCGCCAUUGCAGUCGUCGGCAGGGCAUGGCACAAAGAGUGGGUCGAGCGAGCGGCUGGUGGCCAUGCCCCGGCUCAAGAGCCACCCGCUACACCUGGUGUCCUCGCACAGCCAGAUCUCGGGGUUGGCCCGCGGGGAGUCAGAGGGUGCUGAGCGGAGGGACGAAGCGUAUGGCGAUGCACCUAGGGAUGCUGCAGGUGAUGAGGCAGCAGCGGUCAAGGCGACAGUCAAGGCGCUUGUGGCAACGGCUGGACAUGAUGGGCGCACACUAAGCAUGACGCACGACCGCAAGACCAUUGCGCUAACACGCAGCGCCAGCCUGGAGGCGCGUAUCAACCGGUCAACGCGGAGGAGCAUGUCGAAGUGGAUCAUGUGUUUUGCCACAGUGAACUUUGAUGUUGACCAGGGCCCGACGCUCAAUCUGGUGUACCCGCACGUUCCGUUCAGCGAGAGCGAGCGGGCAGCAAUCUGCUUUUCGUCGAUGCCGGACUCGACAAUCUACGAGUUAUAUGACUCGGUGUACACGUUCCACUUCCGUGUGGAUCCGGUGCGGCUCGGGCUGCCCAAGGACCAGGUGUUCCUGUAUGGCCACGUGUUCUUCCGGCAGAAGCGCGACCCGCUGAUGCGGCGCGGGGGGUUCCAGCGGUCAGUAGCCAUUAUCUCACACCUGCCGUACCACGGGCUGUUCACGCGCAUGGCGCAUAUGCUGGGCCCGCUAUACUUUGAUCUGGGCACGGCGAUUCUGGAGGCAGCAGCGCACAAUAUCUCGUCGUGGCCGGCGCCGACACCAGGGGCAUCGCUGGAGCUGCCGUUUGUGGGCACGGCGCUGGCGGCAGAGCUGCCAGCGAGCGACUCGAGCCAGCUACUGGAGACGAGCAAGUUCCCGAUGGAGCGGUUUGAUCCGGGCGAGCACAUUCUGGCCAGCGUGACCUGUGAUGGACUGUUUCGGAGCUUCCGGGAUACAUUGGGCGACCUGUGGGCGUGCUGGGAACUCAUGAUUCUAGGCGAAUCGCUGGUGGUGCUGGCGGACACGCCCGCACGGUGCUCGGAGGCCAUUGUCAGCCUGGUUGAUGUGAUAUUCCCGAUUACGUACUGUGGCGACUACCGGCCGUACUUUACGAUCCAGGACCCAGACUUCCGGGCGAUUAUCUCCAAGACGCAUGUGCCGGCGAACACGGUGGUCGGGGUGUCGAAUCCGUUCUUCAGCGAGGCCAUGGCGCACUGGCCACACAAGCUGUUUCUGGGCUCAUCCGACCGCAUGUCGCAGAUGCACGGGGCGUCGGCGCGCAAGGCGCGUGUCUUGGGAGACAGCGGCCUCGGAGCGGGCAGUGGCAAAGAGGGCAGCGGACUCGCAAGCGACUCGGGCAGCAGCGGAUCAUUGGGUGCGGGCAGUCGGGCCAUCAAGCAAGGGCUGCAGUCGAAGCGCAAGGGCGUGGUGACCAAGGACCGGCCGUUUGCUGAGCACCUGCUGAACACACUCAAGACGGGCAAGCAGCCGCCGUGGAUUGUGAACAAUAUGUUGCGGCGGUACUUUAUCGACCUGACAGUACAGUUUCUGGCGCCGCUGAACCGGUACUUUUCGACGCUGAUCCCGCAGGUGGUCUCGGCCACGGUCAUUCCAGUGUCAGGCAGCGGGGGAGCGGGCAAGACAGCGCCGUGGCACCGCGGACACCGCAAGGGCCAGUCGUCGUCAAUUGGCGGGAUGGUGUCAUCGCCCGACUCGCUGUCUUGGUUCGCGGCACCGGCAGCGCUGCGGCCAUGGCGGACAGGCGACUUCAUGACGUCUCUGACGACACUUGGGAUCUCGCCGCAGCUCAGUCACGGCAACAAGAGCGCGACACCAGCAAACGUGAUUGUGUCGGGGUUCUCUGGCAGUUCAGCGAACGGCAGCAAUUCCGGAACCGGCAGUAGCGGGGCAGCAAAUUCAGGCAGCAGUAGUUAUACGAGCGACGGUGCGGGGGCAGCAGCAGGCAGUAGCGGCGGGGCGGGCGGGCAGUCGGCGUUUUCGCUCUGGCGGCAGAAAAAGGCCAGCAAGAAGAUCAGUGACGAGUGGUUGGCGCUGUACAGGCAGUUCCUGAUAUGCGGGAAUUUUGCGACCUGGCUGGCACACCGCACCAGCGAGGCACAGCGCGAGCUGCACCGCAGGUUCCGGCAGGAGGUGUGUCAGGGCGAUGUACAUGCGUGGUGUCGCGGGUACGACUACCCGCUGGCCAUCGGCGAGCAGCAGCUGGCGGCCGAGAUCGAGAUGCUUGAUCUGGCCACGAUGGACUUGGGGCAGGGUGGUCGCGACGGCAGCGGCAGCGUGCAGCUGCGGCAUGUCAGUCACGUUUUCUACCAGGGCCACAAAGAGGAUGAGCGCGCGCAGGCCGAGCGGCAGCGGCGGCAGCUGCUCCGCGAGCGGCAGGAGCGGCUGGCGUGGAGCGAGCGGCCGGUGCAUGGCAGCGACGGCACGCUUAUCGGGUACAGCCGACAGUCGUCGGAGCAGCCGGCAAUGGCGCGGGCAGCGGCAGCGGGCUUGGGGAGCAGGCCAAGGGAGGUUGACGGUAAUGGAGCGUGCAAGCAGCUGGGGCAGCGUAUUACGCAUGCCAAGCGGACGCAGGGCGUGAUCCUGAAGGCGGCAUGGCAGGUGGUUGAGCUGCUGGGCGAGCCGGCAUUGUCGCAGAUGUUGCGUGGGACAUCCAACAGGGACGACUGUCCGCCGGCGUCGGAGUCGGAGCGGCAGAUGCUGCUGCGGCAGCUGUCGGUUCUCCUCGAGUACAUGGCGGCAGAUGCGGGGCAGCAGUUUUUGGCCCUGGUCGCUGACGACUAUGCAGCGGGGGUGUAGGCAGAUUAACUAAUGUAUAGACGAGCUGGCCAACUCUAUAUUUCGAAGGCAAUUAAUAUAUUU